AUUUCUGUCGCGGUCGCAGGGGCCGCUGCGCAGCGCCGCAUGGCAUCGGCGUUGCUGGCCUUCUGAGAAGUCUGAGGCGCCCACCGAUCUCGAAGAGAAGGCCGGCACAAGGGAGCCCGAGGAGGCGCCGAGCGAGCCCGCGGAUUUAGACCUCAUCGAGUUCGACUCUGGGACUCUUUCGCCAUUGUCGUCGAAGACGAGGACGUGCACUCCGAGGACCCCGCCGCCGUCCGAUGCUCCGCUUCAUGCAGACCGUGACGGAGGGGGGCACUGGCGGCGUGGCCGACGGCGCAGAGGCGGAGGGCGGGCCCGCCGCCGAGGAGCGCGGCCGCGGAGGAGCGGGCACAGGCACGGAGUACGACUGCUUCCACGGAAAGAUUGUCGUGAUCGACAUCGCGACCGACGUGGAGAUCAAGAAGGGCGUGCAGAGCUUCCCGUACCAGGCGUGGUUCGAGGAGCUCUUGCAGUCGUGCGGCACCGUGGGCUUCGACAUGGAGUGGAAGCCCGACCGGUAUGCGGGCUCGGACAACCGGGUGGCGCUAAUGCAGUUCUCGGACGCCGAGACCGCUGUCCUGGUCAGAACGCACAGGACCGACGCUUGGCUGCCCGACGUCCUGGUUGAGUUGCUCACGGGCAAGCGCGUGACGAAGAUCUGCGUGGGCUACGACGGAUCCGACAAGCGCAAGCUCCUGAGCACCUUCAACUUCGAGCUCGACGGCGUCGUGGACCUUGCAGAGCUGGCGCCGAGCAAGGGCAAGAAGAACACCGGGCUGAAGAAGCUCGCCGCGGACUUUGGGUGGCAGAUGCGCAAGGAGUCGCGCGUGGCGCGGUCCGACUGGUCGGCCACCAAGCUCACGGAGGAUCAGAUACAGUACGCUGCGGAGGACGCGUACUUCACCUUCAUGAUCUUCGAGGAGCUCGCAGACCUGCCCGAUGCGCCCGUCGAGUCGGACGAUGACGCAGACGCGGCCCCGAGCGCCCCAGAGCAGUCCUCGGUGCUGACCCUGAAGCCGGGCUGGGCGGAGCAGGGCAUAGUGAAGAACAACAACGGGCUGUGGUGUUCCGUCUGCAACAAGGGGCCCAUGCUGCACGUCGACGUGAUGGAGAAGCACGUCCUCUCGAAGCUGCACAUGCGGAAGACGCAGCCGGAGAAGGCCGCGGCGGAGCGCGCGGCCGCGGCGCCCGCGGAGGCCGCCGUGGCCGCGGAGGUGCCGCCCGAGCUGAGCGAGCAGGGCAUCGUGCGCGGCGGCGAGGGCGGCCACAGGGGCACGCAGGCGGAGUACCUGUGCGCGGCGUGCGACGCGGGGCCCUUCCAGUGCCUCAAGGCCGCGGAGGCGCACGUGAACGGGCGCAAGCACGAGAGCUUGCAGAGGAAGAGGGAGACCGAGGCCGCGAUCCAGACUGGAAAGCUACCGCCCGAGCUCGAGGUGGCAGGAGGCGAGGUGACCGACAGCGGGACGUUCCGCUGCAGGUUCUGCGAGACCGCCGGGCCGUUCCAGGACCUGCUGUCCUUGAGGCAGCACUUGAAUGGCAAAUGGCACAUCAAGUUCGCGGGCUUGCCGGAGAAGCCCGAGGAGGAGGAUGAGUUUGCGGCGUUGGCAGGCGACGAGCCCGUCGACUUGAUGGAGGGCCUGCCGGCCUACGUGGAGGAGCGGUCCGAGGGCGCCUUCUUUUGCGGGUUGUGCGGCUGCAAGGCGACCGGCCUGGGCACCAUGCAGCGCCAUCUUGUGGGCGAGGGGCAUUCGCGCUCGUGCCAGAGGACGGGCCACCCAGAGCUCGUCUACAUCAAGGAGCGCGACCAGUUGGAGGAGGUGUUGACAGGGAAAGCAGUCAAGCGCAGCGAGACUUACCAGCGCCAGAAGGCCCCCGGCGCCUGCGCCGGCGGCGGCGGCCACCCCGAAGGCUGGGUCGCCAUCCCAGUGGGCCGCGGCCUCGCCCUGGGGAAGGAGGGCCUUGCGCCCAUCGACGAGGACGGCCCCGAGCGCUCCCCGUCGCCCUCGGCCAGCCCCGGCGGGGCCCCGCUGCCUUCGCCCUCGGCCAGCAGCAGCAGGGCGCCAUUCCGCCGCGGCGGCGACGCGCCGGCGGCGGCGGCCGCGGCCGCGGCGUGCGGCGGCGAGGAGCCGGCCGAGGUGGUGGCGCCGGGCAGCUUCGUGCGGGCGGCCACGACGGUGGUGCCGCCGGCGCCGGGGUGGGUCUGGGACCUCUCCACGUGCCUCGCCGUCACCGCUGGCGACGCGCUGCAGGCGGAGGCCGAGGCGAGGACCGCGGCGCCUGGCUGGCCACGGGGCCAGGCCCGCGAGGACCUGCGGGCCGACGUGCAGGACUUCAUCUGGCGGUCCGCGCUCGACGCCCGCGCGGCCGAGGCGGUGCUGUGCGAGGACCCCACGGUCCAGCGCGCGCUCUUGGAGUGGGACCAGCGCGACCCUGUCAGCACCGGCGAGAACCCGAGCGCGAUCUUGAUGUCCCGGCUGAGGCAGGCCAGAGAGGCGCCGCGCGGUGCUCUGCGCUGUGCCGACCUCGAGGCCGGCGAGCGCUGCGCCGAUUUCGAGAUGGGCCGGCCGCGGCGGCGGCGAGCCCUGGAGCCGGGCCAGGUGCUGCUCGCCCGGCACGCCGCGGACGAGCCUCACCCCGAGUGGGCCUGGGCCUUGGACGACUGCCUGCUGCCCCCCGCGGGGCACCAGGUCGAGGUGCUCGCCGUGGAAGGCGGGUGGGUCUACGGCGAGUGUGGCGGCCGCCACGGGUGGCUGCAUCCAGAUGCCCUUUGCGGCGGCGAGGACGGGCCCGCGUCGGAGCUGGAGGUCGCUGCGCAGCUGGGGCCUCCUACGCUGCGGCGCGACGGCGAGGGGCCAGCGCGGCUGAGCCAGGCGGAGUUCGCCGAGCUCGUGAGGAGCACCGCCUGA